AUGGCAAUCGGUGUGCAGAAGAAGGUGGCAACGCCGCUCAAUGAAAGUGUCGAGAAGGAUGCCAACCAUGUCCAACAGACCAUAGGAACCUUGAGACGGUGCCUUCAGAUUGCUGGUGUUUCCAAUAAGCCAGCCAAUCGUAGUGCCAAAAAUUCAAUCAGUGAGGACUCGAACGAUCCCGCUAUGGAAGAAUCGGUACCAGAAGCUUCCAAAUGGCCUCACUGCCAGCACAUGAUCAGCCAAGACGAGGCUCCACGUAACGACGAGUUGGCCGGACCAAACAUCCGCAUUGUACAGUACAAGGACGAAACCCAAAUCAACGAUAUCAUGCGCCUCAUCACCAAAGAUCUCAGCGAACCAUACUCCAUCUACACCUACAGAUAUUUCUUGCACAACUGGCCCGAAUACUGCUUCUUGGCUCACGAUUCGACCAGCAACGCUUACAUUGGGGCCGUUUUAUGCAAAUUGGAAAUUGAUAUGUUUGGAAGAUGCAAAGGAUAUCUUGCAAUGCUUGCUGUCGAUGAGUCGUGUCGUCGUCUCGGAAUUGGCACUCGUCUUGUUCGUCGUGCUCUGGAUGCUAUGAAAUCGAAGGGAUGUGACGAAAUUGUACUCGAAACAGAAGUGUCAAACAAGAAUGCCCAACGCCUUUACAGUAAUCUUGGAUUCAUCCGCCAGAAGAGACUUCUCAAGUACUAUCUCAACGGUGGUGACGCUUUCCGCCUUAAGCUCAUCUUCACUUCCCGUCGUGUACGCUCUGUGAUCAAUAACGAAAACUGUCAGCCGCGGUGUCGGGUCAACGAAGAUGAUACGCCAGAUGAGGAAGAAGGAAAUUAUUAA